UUCCUCUGGUCCUCUUCCAAAGCUGCAGCUACCCGCGUUCUUGUUUGUUUCACAACCCUCCUUCCUUCUUACACAUCACGGAAAAAGCGACAAUGAUUUCGUCAUUUUACCUCGAAUAAACAACCCGAGUAAAGGUAAACUCUCCAUGCGCACACUCCGGCACCUGCAGGUCUAGUCUUAGCUGCAAGACUAAGGUCAGCAGCAACCUGAAAGCACGACACCUUUUAUUUUCUGCAUUGACUGAUGACAUCAACAAUUCGAAUUGUCGUCUUUUGUCACUGCACUUCUCGAAACAUGCCACAACGCGCUGCUAGAACAGACUUCCAAUGUCUGGCACCACGAUCUGAACCAGGAAAUCAUGGUUCCGAUUCAAAACUUGGCUUGCAAGGCGUUCCCUUCCACACGGAGAGCGCGAACAUCUGGAUAGGCUAUCGAGAUCUUCCAGAAAAGAAGUAUCUGGGUGUCUUCCCGAGUUAUCACGAGAUGAUUAGCCGCUGCCGACAGAACGUUCUCAGGAAGAUGAAUAGUACUUUCCCACGCUUCAUCACUCCUCACCACAAAGUCACCGACAAGUUGGGGAUUGAUGAUUCGGGAAAAAGCAUCCGUAGAGUCUGCUGUACUGCUUGUCGUAAGGCUGAUGGAAGUUGCGAAGUCCUCGCACUCGAGGUCAUUCCAGUGAUGAUCCCACCAAGUAAGGCCAUCAAAGCAUACCUUCUCACCUACAACUUUUAUCUCAAGGACCAGAAGAUGGUCGCCCUUGUAUAUCACAUCAGCUCGGGAUAUUACUGGUUCCAGAAGACCGACGGAACACUCUCAGAGACGAUCGGCUUGCAAUCCCGUCACACGUGUACUACAGUGCACGCCAACAGCUCCGAGAAUACUGGUUAUGAUUCAAGCAGCAAUGACUCGAGUGACGAUUCGACAUUGACUCAAUUUGAUUCCGUGGGACCAGAAGACAAUGCUGAGACUCGUAUCUCUCCCCGUGUAUCUCUGCGAUCCAGCCAAUGGGAUACGUCGCAGAGACUACUAAUUCAGUUCCCGAUUCCUCCAGCCACACCUGACUUCGGUCAAAAACCAGAUCCAACACCACAAGCGCCGCUACCUUCUCGAGGCUGCAUGGUUGUCGAUCUGACUGAUGAAGACGAAGAUGAGGCCUUGCCCAUCAAACAUGAGUACGCCGAGUUGCAAGAGCACCCAGCGAUGCCUGUCUCAUUUUUCACACCACCAGCUACAUCGGCAGCACCGAGUGAGGAUCUCUCUUUCACCAAGCACUUUUCUCCUGAUCCCCUCGCCGAAGAGUUCGGCCGCAUCACCACUCAGAUCUUCCAAGAAUACUCGAUUAGAGUCUUCGCACUACCAGAAGUUGUCGAGCUCGUCAACUUGAUGAAACAAGUAGUCAAGGACGGUGACAGGGCUGCUCUCUGUCGUGUAUACGGAGCUCUCCAAGCUUUCCUGAUCACGAUUGAUUAGGCUCUGUUUCCCGUCGAACCUGGUUCUCUUCAUGUCUGAGUGGUGGCGUUGCUACAGAGGAUUGGAAGAGGCCAGAGAGUUUCUCAUGCUUCUUUGCUUGUUCUUUUUAAUGAUGAGCACAAGCGAGGAUUCUACUCAGUGAGAUGGCUGAUCAUAAAUGCUCGUCUUCCAACUUGUUCAUAGUAUACUGUCGAUUCUCUUGUGGCGCCUCAAGAUCAGUUAGCUACUAGUACCAAAACGAAAGACGUUCCUUCCCUUUUCGACGGUUGGUCGUUCCUUCUUCUUUGGUCAGUUGAUCGUUCCUUCCUCUUUCGACGGUCGAGUACUCAUGCCUUGUCUGUGGGAAGAAGUUAGCUCCACCAC